AGAUAGCCUCCGCGCGGCACACGAUGCACGCUGUAUUCGCGACCACGAGCGCGGUCGCGCCCGCGACCGCGUCCGUCGGCCGUCGCCGCCCUCGCGGCGCCGCGCGCGCGGUCGCGACAACCGCGCGCGGCGUCUCGACUCCCUCUCCCAACGGUGGGCCGCGUCGCGACGCGCGUCGCGAGACGUCAAGGCGAUGGGCGGUAAGGUGGACCCGAAAGACACGUGGUGGCUCAAGUCGACCUCGAGCAACGACAACAUGAUCGACGUGAACGGCACGGAGGAGUUUCUCCAGGCGCUCAAGGAGGCUGGGGAUCGGCUGGUGAUCGUAGAUUUUUACGCGCGCUGGUGCGGCGCGUGCCGAGGGCUGUUCCCGAAGCUGUGCAAGAUCGCGAGCCAGGAGGAGAACAAAGACAUCUUGUUCGUGAAGGUUGAGUUCGACGACAACAAGGAGAUGUGCCGGAGCAUGGGGGUGAAGAUUCUGCCGUUUUUCCACUUUUACAAGGGCAAAGAGGGCAAAGUCGAGGAGUUCAGCGCGUCCAUAUCGAAGAUUAAACUUCUUCGGGAGAAGAUCGAAAAGCAUCACCCCGCGCCCGUGGGCGACAAGGAAGCCGAGCCCGUGGCGUGAUGUUCGAGAACACGAACGAGAGAGAAGAUAGCCCCGCGUUGAUUACGACCGACACACCGAGC